AUGAACGGCGGUGAUGCGUACUGUGCAGCAGAGGCUCAAUACAUACGGAGACACCAUAAACAUGAGCCUAGAGAGAACCAGUGCACUUCUGCUCUUGUUAAGCACAUCAAAGCUCCUGCUCACCUUGUUUGGUCACUGGUGAGGCGAUUUGAUCAGCCACAGAGGUACAAGCCAUUUGUGAGCAGGUGUAUUAUGAACGGAGAGCUUGGGAUUGGAAGUGUUAGAGAGGUGAAUGUUAAAUCUGGACUUCCCGCAACUACUAGUACUGAGAGGCUUGAACUUCUUGAUGAUGAGGAGCACAUUCUUGGAGUCAAGAUUGUUGGUGGAGAUCAUAGGCUCAAGAACUACUCAUCAAUUAUGACUGUCCACCCUGAGGUUAUUGAUGGGAGGCCUGGGACUUUAGUCAUAGAAUCAUUUGUUGUAGAUGUGCCUGAUGGAAACACCAAGGAUGAAACAUGUUACUUUGUCAAGGCCCUCAUAAGGUGCAAUCUCAAAUCUCUGGCUGAUGUUUCUGAGAGGAUGGCUGUGCAGGACCGGGUUGAACCAAUCAAUCAAUUCUGA